AAAUUACCCCGCAUCGAAAAGUGCGGCGGUUUUUGUCCCUUCGUCUCUAAUUUCCGAUCUUUGCUCUUUCCCUUUCCUCUCUCUACCCUCUCGCUCCCUUCCUCCGUCCCCUGCCAGAGUUCUUCACCGCUGGGGUCUCAUUUUGCCGUUGGAUCCGGAAGGUUCAAGAGCGUGGAGAAGGCUUUCCGUGGGAGAGUGCCAGCAUGGAGUCGAUCCUCGCCCGGGCGCUCGAGUACACCCUCAAGUACUGGCUUAAGUCCUUCUCCCGCGACCAGUUCAAGCUCCAUGGCCGCACCGCCCAGCUCUCCAGUCUCGACAUUAAUGGCGACGCUCUGCACGCGAGCGUCGGAUUGCCGCCGGCGCUGAAUGUGACCACCGCCAAAGUCGGCAAGCUUGAGAUCACGCUCCCGUCGGUGUCGAAUGUGCAAAUAGAGCCGAUUGUGGUUCAGAUCGAUAGGCUUGAUCUGGUUCUGGAAGAGAACACUGAUUCCGACGAUGUGAAGAGCUCGAGCAGUGCUCAGUCGACAACGGUGAAGGGCAGCGGCUAUGGAUUUGCAGACAAGAUUGCAGAUGGGAUGACUUUGGAGGUGGGUACAGUUAAUCUUAUGCUAGAAACACGUGGUGGUGCUAGGCAGCAAGGAGGUGCAACUUGGUCACCACCGCUGGCAUCUAUUACAAUUCGCAACCUUUUGUUGUAUACCACAAAUGAAAACUGGCAGGUUGUCAACCUUAAGGAAGCACGGGACUUCUCCAAUAAUAAAAAAUUCAUAUACGUUUUCAAGAAAUUAGAAUGGGAAUCACUAUCAGUGGACCUGUUGCCUCAUCCUGAUAUGUUUGCUGAUGAACGCUUGAGCUCUUCUAAUAGUGAAGAGAAUAGGCGAGAUGAUGAUGGUGCAAAGAGACUAUUUUUUGGGGGUGAACGGUUCCUGGAAGGAAUUUCUGGGCAGGCUAAUAUAACAGUGCAAAGGAGUGAACAGAACAGUCCACUUGGGCUUGAGGUUCAGUUGCAUAUUACAGAAGCUGUCUGUCCUGCUUUAAGCGAACCAGGUCUACGAGCUUUUCUUAGGUUCAUGACGGGAUUGUAUGUUUGCCUGAACAGGGGAGAUGUAGACCCAAAGGCUCAACAGCGUUGUACAGAAGCAGCAGGACGUUCAUUGGUUUCUAUUAUUGUAGAUCAUAUCUUUCUCUGCAUUAAAGAUGCUGAAUUUCAGCUUGAAUGUUUAAUGCAGUCCCUCUUUUUCUCUCGGCAGGCAAGUGUAUCUGAUGGAGAAACUACGAAGACCUUGUCCCACAUUACGGUUGGUGGAAUGUUUUUAAGAGACACCUUUUCACGCCCUCCAUGUGCCCUGAUACAGCCAUCAAUGCGGGCUGCUACAAACGAAUUUCUGCAUGUGCCGAAAUUUGGUCAGAAUUUUUGUCCUCCAAUAUAUCCUCUUGGGAACCAGCAGGUGCAAUUGAAUGUUGGCAUUCCUUUGGUUUGUCUCCAUUCUCUUCAGAUCAAUCCUUCACCUGCCCCUCCAAAGUUUGCUUCACAAACAGUCAUUGACUGCCAACCUCUUAUGGUUACCCUUCAGGAGGAAUCCUGUUUAAGAAUUGCCUCUUUCUUAGCUGAUGGAAUUGUGGUCAACCGUGGUGCUGUGCUGCCUGAUUUCUCUGUCAAUUCCUUUGUCUUUACUCUGAAAGAGUUUGAUCUCACUGUUCCUUUAGAUGCUGCAAAGACUGCUGAUGUCACUGGAAACCAUUGUUCCCAAACAUCCUUUUCUGGAGCAAGGCUUCAUGUGGAGGACUUACGCUUCUCACAGUCACCAUCAAUAAAAUGCACUUUGCUAAACCUGGAUAAAGAUCCUGCUUGCUUUAGUCUCUGGGAAUAUCAACCCAUCGAUGCCAGUCAGAAGAAGUGGACUACUCGAGCUUCACAUCUUAGUCUUUCUCUUGAAACUUGUGGUGGAUUAACAGAAAAGAUGAGUUCUGCAGACUGGUCUACAGGUUUAUGGAGAUGUGUUGAACUGCAUGAUGCAUGUUUUGAAGCAGCUAUGGUCACUGCAGAUGGAAGCCCUUUGUUGGAUGUGCCCCCACCAGAAGGUGUCGUCAGAAUUGGGGUUGCCUGCCAACAGUAUCUAUCUAACACUUCAGUUGAGCAGUUAUUCUUUGUUUUGAAUCUGUAUGCUUACUUUGGUAGAGUUAGUGAAAAAAUAACAAAAGUGAGCAAAAGAAACAGGCGGAGAAUGAAUGGCAAGUCUUUGGGUGAAAAGUUAGUGAAGAGGAUGCCUAGUGAUACUGCAGCAAGUUUAGCUGUAAAAAACCUUCACCUUAAAUUUUUGGAAUCUACAUCUACGGAUGUUCAGGGUAUGCCUCUAGUUCAGUUUGGUGGGCAGAAUUUGUUCCUGAAAGUCUCCCACCGUACUCUUGGUGGUGCUUUUGCAGUGUCCACCAACUUACAAUGGGAGGCUGUCUCUAUCAAUUGUUUAGAUGGAGUGGAAGAAUUAGCUUAUCAAAAUGGCAUGGGGGUGCCUACUGAACAUGGCUUUCUGGUGGCUGGCAAUGGCUGUCCCCAGAUGAGAGCUGUCUUUUGGAUUGAUAAUGGAAGCAAGCAUAUGGUGAAACCAGUUCCAUUUCUUGACAUAAGCACUGUGCAUGUGAUGCCUUUCAAUGUGCAAGACAUGGAAUCUCAUAGUUUGAAUAUAUCUGCUAAGAUUGCUGGAGUACGACUUGGUGGUGGAAUGAAUUACACUGAAUCUCUGCUGCAUCGGUUUGGGAUACUCGGGCCAGAUGGUGGUCCUGGGGAGGGACUAUUGAAAGGACUGAAAAAUUUAUCUUCUGGGCCACUGGCAAAGCUUUUCAGAGCAUCACCUCUUAUUAAAGCUGAUCAGGAAGAAAAUGGAUGCCUCAAAGAGGAGGAUCAUGGUAGACUUUUGGAAUUGGGGAUGCCAGAUGAUGUUGAUGCAUCUGUAGAGCUGAAGAAUUGGUUAUUUGCUCUUGAAGGCACCCAGGAGAUGCAAGAAGGGUGGUGGCUUUCCAAUGAUGAUAACAUUAGUAGAGAAGAAAGGUGUUGGCAUAUGACAUUCCAAAGUUUGCAAAUGAAAGCAAAAAGCAAUAAUGUACAUAAUUCUAGCAGCACAGGGAAAUUGUGCAAGAAACAGAAGUUUCCUGUGGAAUUAAUCACGGUGGGAGUAGAAGGUUUGCAGGCACUGAAACCUCGUUCGACCAACCACAUAUUCCAGAAAGAUUCAAAAGAUGCUGAUCUAGGAGUCAAAGACAGGACCUUAGGAACUGUUGAUAAUAGUGAGGGCAUAAAUAUUGAAGUAUGCUUAGUUAUCAAUGAGGAUGAUAAUGACCUGGUAGCUAAGUGGAUGGUAGAGAACAUUAAAUUCUCGGUCAAACAACCAAUUGAGGCAGUUGCUACGAAGGAGGAAUUAGAGCAUCUUGUCUGCCUUUGCAGGUCUGAAGUUGAUUCAAUGGGCAGAAUUGCAGCAGGAAUUCUACGUCUGCUUAAGCUUGAUAAAUCCCUUGGCGAGGCUGCUAUACAUGAGCUCUGCAACCUAGGAAGUGGGAGCAUAGACAAAAUCUUAACACCAGAAAAGCUUAGCAGACGCAGUAGUGUUGGCAGCAUCGGCUUCACCCCUGUGACACCUAACUCACAUGCCAUCAUUGAGUGUCCAAAUGAAAGCUUGGAAUCAACAAUUGCGUCACUAGAAGCCGAGGUUGCUGACUCACAAAUGAAGUUUGCUGCCCUCAUUUCGGAAAUGAGCAGUUCAGAGCCUUCUGGAUAUGUUGAAGACAUGAAACAUCUCAGUCAAAAGCUCGAAGGGAUGCAAAUUUUGUUGACAAGAUUAAGAACUCUGGUUUAGAUUGGUCUGCAAAUUGCUGGUGUACAGGAUCAGGAUAAGAUAGAUUUUGUGUUCUUGCAUUUGGCUAUUCUUUCUGUACAUAUUUAUGUAUGUUGUUGAGUUUUUUUUUGGGGGGGGUAAGAGUAUGUUGUUGAGUUUAUACAAGGCUGUAAUAAACAAUGGGUGACCUCCCUUGGGGAAUUUUGUAUCUUCCAGACAUAUCAUCUUGUAUCAUUUUGAUAGGAUUUAAGAAAAAAAAUGGAAAGGGAAAUUACUUUGUUAUUUUCAA